AUGUUCCCAUCGAAAAAUAUGUUCGAUUACAUGACUGAAUUAAAUAGAUUAUUCCCAAGAACAUCGGAAAAUGAAAUUGGAAUACGCCCUGAAAUGCCACCAUCAAUUUAUAACACAAAUGUUCAAAUGCAGUCUCCAAUUUACUCUACAAUCGCCAACCAUUCUUCAAGUUCGGCCGAGUCCAUCUCCCCCGAUGUAUUUCCGCACAUGUCGCCUCCUCCUGCUCCUCCAACACGCAGAGAGUACGAUUCUAGUACUUUUCAAGCAAGACAGACUGUAAACGAGACUCCAUAUGCAGCUAAACGCCAAAGGCCAAUAGUUGGCAGAAAGAUUUUAGGAAGCGCUGACCGUGCAAUCCCAACUUUUGACAGUCCUGUACAACUGUCUCCUGUUAAAAACAUUGACAGUGAAAUGAUGGCUUGGUCAGAAUGCCCAAGCAUCUCUAACACACCGCCGAAUCGAAAACUAUAUUAUGAACAAAACAGUUCCAACCAAAAUUUAUUCUAUGAGCUAUUUCCUACUGAAAACAGGGGGUUACAAUUCAAGACACCUGUGAAAUCUUCACCAAGAACCCCUUCCAUGUAUUGCGGCACUGUCUCACCGAACUCUACUGUAAGUGUUUCACCAUCGUCUAGUGUGGCUACAUCGUUUACAACUCCUCCUCCACCGUACAGAAGAAAUAUCAGCUCCAACUUUGGCCCCAACUCUUCGAGAAUGUACCAAGAUGUGAAUGCAGGGAAGAUUUGUACAUUCUGUCGCAAAAAUGGAGAGACUCCGUUAGUGUUUAUGACACAUACAGUUAAAGAGACAGUUGGCAACAAGAAUAUUGUGACUUGCCCCAUUUUGAGGUCUCAUGUGUGUGCUACAUGCGGAGCCUCCGGUGAUGAUGCUCAUACAAUCACUUAUUGUCCAGUAUUGAGAAGCAGCAACAAUGGACGUCCAUUGCAGUCUACAACGAUCACACUGAAAAAUACAAGAGUGAAGAGUAAUGGAAGGAAAAGGUAUUAA